AUGCUGCCAAGCAGGAAACGAAGCAGGACGGGUAGCCAUCAGGACAGCCUCGCAGGCGCUCUGCCCGGGGAUCAAGCGAGCGAUGCCAUCAUCAUCUCCGACGGUGAGGACGAGGAGCUCGGCAAGGAAGAGCUCAAGCUAGAGAUCCUUCAACUCGAGCAGAGGCUUGAAGACCAAACGAAGCGGACAAAGCAAUACGAGAUCGAGUCGGUCAGGUAUCAUGAGCUGCUGCUCAAGUGUCGGCGCACCGCCCAGUCCGCCCUCCACAAGCAAGCCGCUCAGUCGCAACUACACGCACAGGCGCUACAAGACGGCCUUGGAGAGGUACAGGACAUGGCCGGCGCGAUAGAAACGACCCAAAGCAAAGCCAAGGAGCAGAUUGACGAGCUGCGCAAGAGCCUUGAGGCUGGAAGCUGCAUCUUCAGCGAGGCGUACGUGGGCCUCAAGGGCAAGCCAGGCAAGCACAUGGACCCUCGCUAUCACGGUUGGCUGCCGUAUGAUGACGCCUUCGAGAUCAAAGACAGCUUGACUGUGCUCUGUGACGGGGUAGGAGAGGGAGGCUAUCGGUCAGGGAUCUUUGCGAGGAAGCUUGUAGAGAGCAUGGCAAGUGGACGGCGAUCUCUUUGA